UUCACACAUAACACUCUGAGACACACACACACACACUAUGUACGAAUGUAAAAAAAGCGAGAAACGCCACAAAAAUGACUGAUGUAAAUUGUCUUACAAGUGAGAAUACAACAACAACCACAACUGCAACUGCAACAGCAAUAGCAACUUUAAGCACACCACCAAAAAAUGUAUUGGAGCCGCCAACAUCUCCAUUCGUAUUGAGAGCACCGCCCAGCGCCAAAUCCAAAUUGAUUCUACAAAAUAUGGAGGAGGUGCUGUACUCCGUCAAGCAAAAGCAUCGUGAGAAGCACAAGCGAAAGCGUGAGGAGAAAAGACGCGCUGCCAAAGCAGAAGCAGAGGCACAGCAGCAACAACAACUAAUGACAACAGCAGCAACAACAACAGUGAACAAUGAUCGCCACGUGCUGCGCGAGAAAACCGCGCAACGUGAGAAUGGAGCAGCUGCAGCAAUUGCUGAAGGCAAACGAAAAUCGAAUGCGAAUCCCUUGAAGAGCACCACUCCAGUCAGAUCCGAGCACAAUCAGCCGACGAUCAUCAAGCAUUUUGAUGCCAAGGCUGGCGAGAAAGCGGAGAAACCCAAAGUGAUGGCCACCAAUGUCUUUGAGCUGAUGAUGAAUGCACGCAAUGCCCGCCCUCUGGGCACAAAUCCAAAUGGGCAACAGUCACCGCCAGAUCAGCAGGCGACGGCGACGGAUUGUGAUUUGUUGGCGACGACGCCGCAAACGAAACGACGCAAGCAAAUGUUGCACGAAUGGAAUGAGAAAAAGGGCGCCGCCAAGCGACGCAUUGCAGACGAUGCACGUGGCGAGUAUAUCGAGCAGCGAAUGGAUCAGCGAGCCAAAAGAUUAAAGAAAAUGCUGACGACCCAGCAGCCCGAGAAGAAUGUGGAGCAGCAGCUGCAAACCUCAUCGGCGCCAGUGAAGCGUCCACGAGGACGCCCUCGCACGCGACGACUCAGUGCGGAUGUUGCUGUGGAUGCUGUGGCAGAUGGUGGCAAAGUGGCUGCAGAUGAUGCAGUUGAGUUGCUGGCCAAGAAACGGGACAGCCUGUUGGGCUACUUUCCCAAGGUGGUGUCGCCAAAGGAUGCAGUCGAGCAGCAACCAGAGACGCCCCGACGACGGCCGAGGGGCAGCAGAACUGUGCUCAACACGCCAGUGGCAGUGACGACUUCAUCGGGUCGCCCGCGACGCUCGUGUGCCACAAAGGCGCGCUACGACUACGACUUGGAGCCAAGUCCCACCAAAGCAGCGAAGCAACCAGUUGAAGAAGCCGCUUCGGAUUCCGUUGAGAUCAUCAAUCUGGAUGAUAGCAAUCCGGCAAUGACGCCCAAGAAAUUGGCGCCACUCUUUGUGCGUCAGCUGCCCAAACCCUGUCUCGAUCCGACAGCGUUGCGUGCACGCCACGAAUUUCUGCACUCGGGUGUGCCCGAGAAGCUCAAGCAGGAGCAGCAGCGUCAGCGCUGCUUCGAGCAAUACUACGAGGACAACUACGAGCUGUUUCCACGCAUAGCGCACGUUGGAGCAGACAGCACGAAACCAGCUCUAGUUGCGCCUCUAAAGUGGCGUGCGGAGCAUGAGCAGGAGGAUCACAUGGAAACGGUACGCAAAUGCCGCCCUGGCAGCAUAACCAGCUGCACUGCCUCUGAUUUUGUAAACUCCAAGCGGAAGUCAACAAGAUUUGUGUUUAGCCCACUGCCACUGCUGGACAACAAGCGUUCCAUAGUCAAGAGCUGGAAGAGCAUCUUCGAGCGUUUUCCCACCUUCAAGUGCUACAAUCAGAUGCGUGAGAAGUACAGGCACUUUAGUGCCAUCGACGCAGCGCAGGAUACACAACCGAUGGGUGAAUCGUUUGUGGUCACGCGACGCACACGUCGCUCCAUGGAACAGCUGCAAGCUGCGGUGGCGGCGGCGGCAGAGGAGGAGGAGGCAAAGCCUCCGGCGCUGGCACCCAACGGCGAGCUGCUCUUCACAGAGAAAUACAAACCGUUGCUGUUCGAACAGGUGCUGGUGAAUCUUAGCCCAGUGCAGGAGUUGCGUGACUUUCUCUCCAAUUGGAAUGGUGCCGGCCAUCGCAACUCUCAGACACCAACGGAUGACGACGGCUCCAUUGACUUUGGCCACGAUUCCAGUUCCAUGGGCAUCAAUUGUAACACAAUGGUGCUGCUGGGUCCUUGCUCGAGCGGGAAAACGAAUGCAGUAUUUGCGCUGGCCAACGAUAUGAACUUCAAUGUGCUCGAGAUAAAUGCGGGCAUGCGACGCACGGGCAAGAAACUGGUGCAGGAACUGCAGGAGGCGACGCAAUCGCAUCAGAUACGGAAGGAGGCAAAAGCUGGUGCGGCACGCACACAACAACUCUUACAAAAGAUGCAACAGAACGCGGCCAAGCGGCCACAACACGCCGCUGGCGAUGAUGAUGUGCGUAAAUCCCUCAUACUCAUCGAGGAUGCGGACAUAUUGUUUGAGAAUACUGAUGCUGGUUUCACGGAUGCGAUUUACACGCUCGCCGCCAGCUCGAAGCGACCCGUCAUCAUUGUCGCCACGGAUCCGAACUGUGCGCAUCUCCAGCGCUUGGUGCAACAGAAUAAAAUCAACUUUCAAUCGCCGAAUGCAUUGAACAUCUCUCGAUUUCUCGCCGUGCUCGCCCUCAUGGAGAACUGCCCAAUUGAGCUGGACGAACUGAUCUCGCUCUAUCUGUACAACAAUCAGAAUUUGCGCAAAACUCUCAUGGAACUGCAGUUCUUCAUACAGAGCGGAGGGGAUGCGGCGACCGCGAGACUGCUGCCCCAGGCACUCAAGUCACCCAACAAAUCCCCAACACUGGCUCUCCAGGAUGAUGGCGUGCACAUCCAUCAGCGUCUCUUUGAGUUUUAUACAACCGCACAGAAUGUCCAAUAUUUUAUACCAUUUCCAGUUGAUUUUCGCCUGCUGCGCUUGAAUCUGAGCGGGUUUCUGCGGCACUCAACGUUGCUGCGGCAGCAGGCGGAUCAGCCGGCAGCAGCGAGACGUAGUGGUGGCAAAUCGCGCAAGUCGUCGUGUUCACCAAAGAAGGCGUGGCUGAACAAUGCCACAACAACCAACCACAAUCACAGCAAGAGUGAAAAUGCAGCUCCGCUGCAAACUUUGGCCACGUUCUAUGAGCAUCUGUCGACGGCGGCGCUGCUGGACGCUGGUGGACUGCAGCUGGAGGGUAGUGGCAAGGAUCGCCUGCAGUCGCAUCUUGCCGAGCAGCUAUCGCAUUCGUUGGUCGAGCGAGCGGUGAACACGUGCCUGGCUUCGAAGGAUUAUGCCUACAAUCUGUUUGACAAGACGGAGCAGCGACUCAAUUUGGUGGACCAACUGGGCAGCUGUUGUCUGCGCACCUCCGGCGCCCGCUACUUGGACUUUGAGCCGGCGAUGCGUGCGAUUUGCCGCAGUGAGAAGCAGCGGGCUGGUUUGGAGCGACGCUCCAGUCGCUUCUAUCACUAUCUACGCAAUCAUACCGUGAACAAUGUGAGCAACUUUUCCACGGAUCUGUUCGAUGCCGCCUGCCACGUGCUGCCAGCUGAGCAAACGGAGACGGAAACGCCAGCAUUUAAUUAGUCGAAUAUAUUAGUGCAAAUUUGUUGAGGAGGAGUCCAGAUCCGAUCACAAUCCCAAAACCCGUUAAAAGUGUAAAGUGAACUUUUUAUUCACAUUAUUGCGUUACGCAAAAAGUUGAUCUUGUUCUUAGACUAUUCUAUACUUAUUGGUUAGUUAUGCACGGCGGUAUGGAGAGAGAGAGACAUAGAGAGAGUUACCACAAUAAUUACUAUACUAAAACGACCUGAACUAUAUGUUAAUAAAAGCUAACAACAACA